CCCAAAUCAUCAUACUUGGCCAUUAUUCUUCCACGUGUCCUUUUGACCUCGUCAUCACCUUCCCCCCAUUUUUUGGUAAAUUUGUACUACUACUACAACAACAUUACAACACUAUUACCAUUUUCUCAUUUUAACACCCCCUCUUUAAACUAAACUUCCCAAUAUAAUCAUUCUUUCACUCAAAUAACCUCUUCAUUUUGCUUCUCUCUCUACUUUCUAAAACCACCACUUAUGGCAGCGACUCCUACUACAGACGACAACAACAGCAUCAAGGGGUUGCUAACCGGGUGGGGCCUCACUCUCACGGGCAAGCCGUGCGACAAUUGCAACAUCGCCAAUUCAUUGUUGUAUUGCAACACGGACUCCGCCUUCUUGUGCGGCCCGUGCGAUGCCAAAAUUCACCCUACUACCCGAUAUCCUCGUCACGAACGUGUUUGGGUUUGCGAGGUCUGCGAGUCACAACCUGCUCUCGUCUUUUGUAAGGCGGACGGAGCUAACCUCUGCUCUUCCUGUGACCAUGACAUCCACUCGGCUAACCCGCUGGCUCGCCGCCAUGAGCGUGUUGCUGUUAUCCCGUUUCUUGAAUCACCCAUCGACGCCGUUGCUGGCCGUUCCUCCGCCUUCCUCGUCCCGGAUAACCUCGACGCUAGCCGUGAUAUUGUAGUCGGAAACAACAACAGCAACACGGCCGUGACGAAUGACAGCAGCAGCGAUGAUGCGGACGCUUGGUUGAUUCCGAAUCCGAAUAACAGCUUCCUCUACAAUGAAUCUGAUAUCCUUAAUUAUGACUUCGGUUGUUCGAAAUUUCAGUUUCAGCCACAAAUUGACACUAAACCGCAAAUCAUCGUUGAUGACGAUGCUCGUAAUUACGCGUUUGCAGAUAGCGUUGUUCCUUCACAAUCGCAGGGAAAUUCCAACAACAACAACAACAACUUUUCUAUUAAUAAGAAUAGUAUCAAUUACGUGAACUCCGACAGUUUGUUCGAUAAUUGCUUCAACAUCGAUUUCACUCAACCAAACAAACACCACAAGAAGAACCACAACAACGAAUCUCACCUCUUUUCGCCUUCAUUCAAUUACUCGGUUUCGUCAUCGGAUAUCGGAGUAGUUCCAGACGGAAGCGCAACAUCGAUGACCUCGGAGGUUUCGUACGGUUUUGCCAAAUCGACGGCGCCGGACGGAGGUCCCACGAUGAACAGAGAAGCGAGGGUGUUGAGGUACAGAGAGAAGAGGAAGAACAGAAAGUUCGAGAAGACGAUUCGGUACGCUUCUAGAAAGGCUUAUGCCGAAACGCGUCCUAGAGUCAAAGGACGUUUCGCGAAACGUAAUGAUUCUAACGAAACGUCGGAGAUUGAUUUCGCCGUUGAUAAUGGUGGAUACGGCGUCGUUCCAGCAUUUUGAUUUUUAAAUCAAUUGUUUUUAUUUUUAUAUACGAGUACUAAUUGUUAAAAAAAAAAACAAAAAAGUUUAUAAAAAAGAAAGUGUUAAUUCUUCUUUUUAGAAAAAGAAAAGUAAGAAAGAAAGUUCUCGACCCUUCUAAGCUUCUCUGUAACACUAUUUUUCUCUCUUAAUUUUUUUUUCCUCUUUUCAUGAAAUAUAAUUUUAGUUUAAUUAUUUUCAUGUUAGGUUAAUUAAUGUUGUAUUUAAUCAACAGCGGGUUUUUUCGCUGUUGAUUGGAUUGAAGGAGCAGGUCCACAUCGGAAAGAAAUUAAAUUAAAUGUAAUUAAAAAUUGUCCCUUCGAAAUGUAAAGGGACUAUGACGGAAUUUCAUGUAAUAAUAUUAAUUAUUAAUAAUACAGAGUAAUAAAUUUAAAAAA